AUGUCCGCCCAAGUCAACGAAGUUGAGCAGCAACCCACCGUUCCCUCCACCACCGCCACCACCAAGCCAGACGACACCGGCUCCGCCUCAGCCGCCGCCCCCGUCCCAAUGGAAAAGGAAGCCGCCACCACCACCGCCGAAAGUAAGCCUUCUGCGGCAACCGACAAUCUCAAGCCCGCUACCGACGCUCAUCCCGACGACAAGAAGGAUGCCGAGAAACCCAAAAGCUUCCCCACCGUAGACGAGGUCGUCUCCCAAAAGAUGGCUCUACAGCCCACCGCUGCUGGCUCCGAGUUCCAUGGCCUCGAGUCCGCCACUCCCUCCGCCCCGACGCACACCAUCUUCGACCCGUCUCCCGAAAAAUACCACGACAACCCUCGCGAUGAUGCCGUGCCUCCCAUGGACGGCGUGCCGGAGUCGUUGGUAGAAGAGUACAUCUCGGGCGAUGAUGACUGUGAGGGCCCCGGGACGGGCCCGUCUAUGGGGAUGAAGGCUCCGGACCCAGACAAGGCUGCCAAGAAGGAGUCAACCGAAGACAAGACCGAGAAGAAAGUCGACGAAGCAAAGGAGGCUGCGGUGACCAACCCCGAUGAAGCUGCUGCGCCAUCGGGAGAGAACGGCACGAACGGAGUAGCUGGAGCAGCAAAAAAGGAUAUCGAGGGCGAUAAGGAGACCAAGACCAUUCCCUCGGAAACCGCACAAGCCAAGGAAGACGCCAAGGCUGCUCCUUCCCCUGCCCUUGCUGCUAGUAAAAAGAGAAAGGCGGACGAUUUCGAGGAGGACUAUGAUGACAACGAGGCGGAGAAACAUGAUGCGAAGAAGGCCAAGACCGAGCAGGCGAAUGGUAAUGGCGUCGGCGCUGAUGGUGCAGCAUCACCAGUGAAGAGGGCCCCGGGGAGACCCAAGAAGACGGCGGCAGCCAAGGUUGAUAAGGCGGCAAGAAAGAUACUGAAGCCCGUGGGGAUGACGCAAAGAAAAACGAGGAGUCAGGGGCCUCCUUGA